GCGUUUCCGCGCUGUCAUUGUUUCCGUUUCCACCUACCCGAAGCCUCACGCCUCCUCACAUCUUCUUCUCCUUUCGCCUCGAAUCCCGUACGCUACGCGCAGUUUGAGCUUUCAAAAGUUUGAGCAGGGUUUACUGCUACUUUUUCCUUCCAACAAUGGGGGACAUCGAGACUCCCGACUCGAACCAGCCGCGCCAGAAUGUCCUGCUCUCUGUCCUCCCGACCAAAGAGUUCGCCACCUCAAAGAAGGGAAUGCUGCUUAUUGCUGAAGUGGCUCUGUCCUUCAUAUCAUUCGUGUGCUUCGCGGCCUCCACGGCCGCGUCCUUCGUCAUGGUGCCUGUGCUGGAGUUCCUGUUGGCGCUCUUCGUGCUGUUUGCCUACUCCACCAAAUUCAACGAGCGGUUUAAAGGCUUCCUCUGGCCUCUUAUGGAUUUCUUGAGGUGUGUGACCGCCUCCAUUAUCUUUUUCAUCAUCUCCAUAAUAGCAGUGUCCAAAUACGCGGACAGCUCCUCCAAAGCUGCUGGGAUAUUUGGGUUUAUUGCCACCAUUGCUUUCGCUUUAGAUUUCUAUCUCAUUUUUAAUGAGCUGGCCAGUUUCCUGAAGCAGGGAGGAGGGGAGUCCAACGAGGAGCAAUCAGGACAGCAAGAUGACUCCUCAGACUCCGACUCAGAUUGAAACCAGGGGGCCGCGGUUGAUAUGUCUGGUCAUGCAGACAUGCCUUUGCAGGAGAAGUGACCACUGCUGAGCUGAAAAGACCUGAUAGUGUUUAAUUAUGUGACAAGGUUACAGUAAUACUGUGUCCGGGGGAAACGAUUAUGGGUUCAAAUACGAGACAUGCAUUUAUCUGUUAAGUUGGUUCUGAUGAGGUGGGAUUUCGUACAUCAAUGUGUUCAGGAACUGAUGCAUCAAACAUGCUGGUCUAACCUACUGGUGCAGUUUAUUAAAUAAUUCAACAAAUGCUCUAUUCUUAUUCGGUCUUAGGGGAUUUGGGAAAAGUGUGAAGCUGUGAAAAGUAUUUUGUCUCACAAUGUUCUUAGAAGCUGUUUGUUCGAUUGAAAUGUGGGAAAUGUCUUAAAUCUUAAAUGAGGACUUUUUUUUUUUAAUAUUGACAUUUGGGAAUUUGAUGCAUUUUGAAGAAAUGUCUAAGCAGAACACUAAAGUUAGUUAGUGGAGACAUGUUUACUCAUAUUAAAAGUUUUGUUACGGAGACGGGCUGCACAGACAGAAGGUUCUGGGUUCUAAUCCAUUGGCCAACUGGGUCCUUUCUAUGUGGAGGCUUCCUCUCACCAUCCAAAGACGUGCUCGUUAGGUUAAUUGAUGAUUCUAAAUUGACUGCGAGCGUUAAUGUGUUAGCCCUACGAUAGAGUGGAGACCUGUUGAGGGUGGACCCCACCUCUAACCCAAAAACAGGCGGGAUAAGCUCCAGAAAAAAUGAAUGGUGAAACUUUUAAUAUGGAACAGAAAAUCGAAAGACAGUAAAACGCCUUUACAGUAUUACUACAAAACACACAUGUAAAAUAUGCAGAAGGUUGGCUGGUUACAACCUCUGUCCUUUUUGUCAUUUUUUUUUUUUUUGUUUAUUUUUUCCAGAGAUUUUCUGCUUUUAUCACGUUAUUUUUAAAUUUAGAAUUUUCAAUUGUGUGAAUCGCUGCGUUUUAGAAAAAGGUUUCGUGAAUACGGUUUUUUAAUGUGUCACAUUCGCCUGCUCAUCCACCGCCACUACUGAGGAAUGAGAACGCACUAGAACGCCGCGGUGACCGACGCUGCACGGCUGACCGCAACGUGCAACCAAACCGGGCGGCUGCAAACCUGGCACCGGAGGCCAUCGAUCGCUACGUGGAAUUUAAAGCAUUGUGAUUAAAGGAAGGACAUUGUAAUAAGCAGAAGCACCCAUAUGUGUUCCAGGUAAGAGCUAUAUGUGCACACGACUGUAGGCAAAUUAUUGCAAAGAGCCCAGACUGAUGCUAAAUAGACUGAUGUUAUAUACUUUUACUGUUCUGACUUUCAACAAACUGUAAUGUUAUUUGGUUUUAAAAUGAUUUAUUUACCCUGAAACUUUCAAGGUGAACAGAUUUUUACAAAGCAGGCCCAGUGAUGGAGUAUAAUAUGUGAAAUGACUGUACAACUGUGCUUUUUUUUUGUCUGUAAAAAAAAACAAACAUAUUCCAAUAAAAACCUGAGUUAUUUUCAA